AUGCUGAUACCUUCACCUGCAGAUAUUCUCAAUACACAUGCGCAAUAUGUCGAACUAUAUAUAAACCAUCUAGCUUAUUCCAUUAGUGUCGAUUCACCUCUUCCUGAUAUCCCUGGACGACACGGUGACGGCGGGAUCUUACAGGGCUUCGAAAGCCUCGAGUGCCUGUGGCAGUCAGUUGAGAACAUCAAGUCGUGGCUAGACGAUUUCUACAAAAUCCCUUGCUCGAAACUUGCUGGCCAGCCCUUUCAUUUUUGGUCCCAGAUGAUUCUGAGCAUCACACUUUUGAAAUACCUAUCGACACUCAAGGAUCCAGAGUGGGACUACCAAGCGGUGCGGAAUACGGUUCACCCAAUAUCGACGAUGGACUGCCUGCUCCAAAAACUGGAGUUGAGCAGCAAGGAGCAGGAGCUUCAGUGCGAUGACCAUUUGCUCAAGUAUUUAUCCAAGCUUCUGACCAGAUGUCGGGUGUGGGGUGAGGCUCGGUGGAACAUGGCUUCUCAGGCUCAAUACGUGGAAGCUACGCCUGGACCUACGCGAAAUGCCAACCCUGACACGAGCCCACACAGUCACCAUAUCCCAGAUCUAGAUCAAAUGGUCUGGGUGCAGUCGAUGGGUUUGGGUAAUGAUCAGUGGUUUGAAGAGGCGUUGGGCAUACCCACAACGUUCUACUAG